CACCACUUUCUCUCUCUAGAUCUCUCUCUCUCUCUAUAUAUAUAUAUAUAUACACACACACAGACCACAUGUCUAGCGAUCCAGUGUCUGUAUGUAUAUAUGUAUUAAAUAAAGAUUCAUCAGACUACAACAGGAACGUGAAGCAAACGUUCACCAUGUGCUUCUAGUUUCUUCUUCUUCUGCAAAAUCAGUUCUAAACUGGCACCAAUUCAUCACACUAUUAUUCUUCUAUGUCUUAUACGGACUGAGAUUUCGUUUUGUCGUCACCACCAUUACAGCACCUGAAGAAUGGAGAAGAAGAAGAAGAACUAUUUCUCACUGUUCCUCUUCAUUUUCACCUUCAGUUUUAGCUUCCUGAGCUCUGAUUCAGCUACUGCUUCACAGCAAACUGAUCAAAUCCAAUCUAUUUUAGGGGAAGAGAAUUUGGGUCAUUGGAGAGAUGGGAUCUUGAGCUCAACAGCUGAAGCCCCUGGUCCAGCUAAUGAACCAUCCGGUGAGCUUGUGUUGGCAGGUUCCAGAACAAAACGGCCCGAUAUUCUUAACCGGUUCAGACGCUAUCACGGUGGAUGGGACAUCACUGAUAAGCAUUAUUGGGCGUCGGUAGGAUCUACAGGGGCCGCUGCUUUUAUUCUAGCCAUCUUAUGGUUUGUGUUGUUCGGCUUAGCCAUGAUCGUAUAUCACUGUUGUGGAUGGAGAUUAAAUAUCAAAGGCAAAGAUUCCCGGUUUUCCCAGAUGAUAUGCUUAAUUUUACUUGUUAUCUUCACGGGUGCUGCAGCGACUGGCUGCAUUCUACUUUCGGUGGGACAGGAUGAAUUCCAUAGUGAAGCAAUAGACACGUUAAAUUACGUCGUUGACCAAUCAGACUACACCGUUCAGACACUGACUAAUGUCACGGGAUAUUUAUCACUAGCAAAAACCGUCAAUGUGGCACAGUUUUAUCUUCCUGCAGAUGUUAAAGACAGUAUUGACAAACUAAACAUCGACCUAAAUUCAGCAUCAGAUACAUUGGGUCGAAAAACGCAUCAAAGCUCACGAAAAAUAAGAACCGUCUUCGAUGCCGUGAGAUCGGCGAUGAUUACCGUUGCAAUAGUAAUGCUUCUGGUUUCAGUUUUAGGCCUCUAUUUGUCGAUUCUUGGUCAUAGGAACGCAAUCCACUUAUUCAUCAUCGGUGGAUGGUUGCUUGUUGUGGUUACAUCCAUUCUGUGUGGGGUUUUCGUAAUCCUCAACACUGCAGUUUCCGACACGUGUGUGGCAAUGGAACAGUGGGUGGAUCACGAGAAUGCCGAAACGGCCCUUAGCAAUAUUCUUCCUUGUGUUGACCAGAGGACCACAAACCAGACUUUGUAUAAAAGUAAACAGGUGAUCAACGAUCUUGGAAAUAUAGUCAACGGGUUCAUAGGUUCGUAUGCGAAUUCAUAUGGGGUGCCAUCGGGAAACACUAAUUAUUAUAAUCAAUCGGGCCCUUUGAUGCCGUACGUUUGCUCUCCGUAUGAUUCGCAGCUCCAAGAACGAAAUUGUUCAUCCGACGAGGUCUCAAUGUCAAACUCAUCUCUGGUGUGGCAAAACUACACAUGUACAGUCUCUGAAUCAGGAUUAUGCACGACUACCGGAAGAUUGACCCCCGAUAUGUACCAGCAACUCAUCGGAGCGGUAAACAUAAGUUACGCGCUCCAACACUACACGCCGCCGUUACUUAGCUUCCAGGACUGCAAUUUCGUUCGGGAAACAUUCACAACCAUCACCACCGACCACUGCCCACCGCUGCAACACCACCUUCGGAUGGUGAUCGCGGGUUUAGCUCUUAUUUCUGUAGCUGUAGUGCUGAGUCUUUUACUUUGGAUAAUAUACGCAAACCGCCCCCAAAGGGAGGAAGUGUUUGCUAAGAUCGCGUCCAAGAUUAAAAGCAAAUGCAAUGGGAAGCUUUGUCGUGAUGAUCGUACCGUCCACGUGUCAUCGACAAACCAAAUAACCGAAGUUUGAGGAAAACCUUAGAUUUCAUAAAGCUUUCCGUACACCAUUUGUCUUCAGUGAGACUUAGAAUACGUUACGCCUUACGUUACAUUUUUUAUAUUUAUAAUCUAAUCUAAACAUAACAAUAAACAAAAAUACUA